GCCGGCCGCUGGGUGCGUCGAGGCACCAGCGCUUCGAGCGGAUCGAAAUCCGAUAUUUGAGUACCUGCAAAAUACCAGGCAUAUUAUAGAUAUUUGGAAUAUAGCAGUGAAGAAAACAUAUGAAAGUCUCUGCCCUCAGGAGUUGAUAUUCAAGAAGGAAACAGACGAUUUUAAAAAAAGGUAAAAGAUACAGUAUUUGUAUGGAGGUUUAACGUGUAGCCCUAAAGAACCAGAAACCCAAAGGAACCAAUAUUCCUGCUCCACAUAGUCCCAUCUGUAGUGAGGCUGUUUCUGGAAUCUUCGUGAUGACCAAGGUUUUGGGCAUGGCUACAGUUCGGGGCCCUCGGCCUCCACGGGAGAGAGGCCCUGCGGUAGUUAAAGAUGAGGAAGAGGAAGGGAAGUGCCUUCCUAGCCUGGAAGUGUUCCGCCAGCGCUUCCGGCAGUUUGGGUACCAUGACACACCUGGCCCCCGGGAGGCCCUGAGCCAGCUCCGGGUGCUCUGCUGUGAGUGGCUGAGGCCUGAGAUCCACACCAAGGAGCAGAUCCUGGAGCUGCUGGUGCUGGAGCAGUUCCUGACCAUCCUGCCCCAGGAGCUCCAGGCCUGGGUGCAGGAGCAUUGCCCGGAGAGCGCUGAAGAGGCUGUCACUCUCCUAGAAGAUCUGGAGCAAGAACUGGAUGAGCCAGGGCAGCAGGUCUCGCCACCUCCGAAUGAACAGAAACAGAUGUGGGAGAAGAGGUCCUCUUCAGGAACAGCAAAGUUCCCAAGCAGCCCGCAGCCCCAGUCUGUGGAGACCAGUCACAGAUGCGAAGCAUGGGAGCCCUUAUACAUCCAGGAGACUGGGGAAGAGCAGGAUUUCACUCCAGAGCUGAGAAAGAGUCAAGAUCAUAAAUCGAACACCCAGAAUGAGGAAUCAACAGACAAGCAGAAAAGUUCUGAAGAGUCUCAAGAAUUCAAAAGGGAUAUUAUUCCCGUGAUUAUUGCCAGUAAAUGUGAGUCCAGGUUAGAAAGGCAGUGGGUAAACCUUGAAAAGGAAAGAGGAACAAAAACUCCCCUCCUAGACAAAGGUUCUAAGAAAGGCAGAGAAUUGAUUCCCACUAAACCUGCCCCAGGAGAGAGGCGUUACAUUUGUGCCGAAUGUGGAAAGGCCUUUAGUAAUAGCUCAAAUCUUACUAAACAUCGGAGAACACACACUGGGGAGAAACCAUAUGUGUGCACCAAAUGUGGGAAAGCUUUCAGUCACAGUUCAAACCUCACCCUUCAUUACAGAACACACUUGGUGGACCGGCCCUAUGACUGUAAGUGUGGGAAAGCCUUUGGUCAGAGCUCAGACCUCCUUAAACAUCAGCGAAUGCACACUGAAGAGGCACCAUAUCAGUGUAAAGAUUGUGGGAAAGCUUUUAGUGGUAAAGGCAGCCUCAUUCGACACUACCGGAUACAAACUGGGGAGAAACCUUAUCAGUGUAAUGAGUGCGGGAAGAGCUUUAGUCAGCACGCGGGUCUUAGUUCACAUCAGAGGCUCCACACUGGAGAGAAGCCAUAUAAAUGUAAGGAGUGUGGGAAAGCUUUCAACCACAGCUCAAAUUUUAAUAAACAUCAUAGAAUCCAUACGGGGGAGAAACCCUAUUGGUGUAAUCAUUGUGGAAAAACCUUCUGUAGUAAGUCCAAUCUUUCCAAACAUCAGAGGGUCCACACUGGAGAGGGAGAACUCACGGGAGACUCCCGCCUCUCCCGCCGCCUCUGCAGCCCGCUCCGGAUCAGCUGCACCCGAGAACGCGCUCUGAGGCCGAAGUACGCUGCUCUUAGCUCGGCCCAGCCAACGAGGGGCGCGGCGGCGGGCCGGAAAGCCGGUUUGAGCCAGAACGCCGAGCCCGGCGGCAUAGGUCCCAAGACAGCGAACCACCGAGAGGAGAACACCUCCAAUGUUCCUAGAGAGAACAAGGUGAGUCCGGCCGUCCCCGGGGCUCGCGGUGAGGCGGAGGCUGUGGUCGCCGGGGAAAGGGGUGGUGUCCGCACCGCUGCGGUCCGCGGGGCCCCCAGGCCCUCCCGGAGCAGGACCAGAGACCCAGAACUUCUGGCCCUACCCAUGGAAACUCAGGCUGAUUGCGUAUCUCAGGAACCUCAGGCCCUGCUUGAGAGUGCUCUUCCUUCCUCAAAAGUUCCUGCAUUUGCUGACAAGGACAGCCUGGGGGAUGAGAUGUUGGCAGCUGCACUGCUAAAGGCCAAGUCCCAGGAGCUGGUGACCUUUGAGGAUGUAGCUGUGUACUUCAUCCGGAAGGAGUGGAAGCGUUUGGAGCCCGCUCAGAGGGACCUCUACAGGGAUGUGAUGCUGGAGAAUUAUGGAAAUGUGUUCUCGCUGGAUGGUGAGACCAGAACUGAGCAUGAUCAAGAAAUUUCUGAAGAUACAGGAUCACAUGGGGUGCUGUUGGGAAGAUUCCAAAAGGAUAUUUCUCAGGGUCUUAAGUUUGAAGAAGCCUAUGAACAAAAAGUCAGUCUAAAGAGGCAAAUGGGGAACUCCUCUGGAGAAAGAUUGAAUAGGAAGAUAGAAGAUUUUGGUCAAGUGACAGUUGAGGAAAAGCUAAGCCCUGCGGGAGAGAGAAGUGAGAAAUUUAAUGAUUUUGGGAACAGCUUCACUGUGAGUCCUAACCUCAUUUCUCAUCAGAGACUUCCUGUGGGAGACAGACCCCAUAAGUGUGAUGAAUGUAGCAAGAGCUUUAAUCGAACUUCAGACCUUAUUCAACAUCAGAGAAUCCACACGGGAGAGAAACCCUAUGAAUGUAGUGAGUGUGGGAAGGCCUUCAGCCAGAGCUCACACCUUAUUCAGCACCAGAGAAUCCACACCGGAGAGAAACCUUACGAAUGUAACGAUUGUGGGAAGACCUUCAGUUGUAGCUCUGCUCUCAUCCUGCAUCGGAGGAUCCACACUGGGGAGAAGCCCUAUGAAUGUAACGAAUGUGGGAAAACCUUUAGCUGGAGCUCUACCCUCACUCACCAUCAGAGAAUCCACACUGGAGAGAAACCGUAUGCUUGUAAUGAAUGCGGGAAGGCUUUCAGUAGGAGCUCCACCCUUAUCCAUCACCAGAGAAUCCACACUGGAGAGAAACCCUAUGAAUGUAACGAGUGUGGGAAGGCCUUCAGCCAGAGCUCACACCUCUAUCAGCACCAGAGAAUCCACACUGGAGAGAAACCCUAUGAAUGUAUGGAAUGUGGAGGAAAGUUUACCUAUAGUUCGGGCCUUAUUCAGCAUCAAAGAAUCCACACAGGGGAGAAUCCCUAUGAAUGUAGUGAGUGUGGGAAAGCCUUUAGGUAUAGCUCAGCCCUUGUUCGCCAUCAGAGAAUUCACACUGGAGAGAAGCCUUUGAAUGUGAUGGGAAUGAGCAAAAGUUCUCUCAGAGUUACUGCUGAAUUAAAUAUCCAAGAGUCUACAUGAAAGAGAGCCACACACCUAUUUUCCUCACUUCCUCUGAGUCUAAAGAGCUCCUGCCUUACUAUAUGAGUAUGAACAACUUAGGAUGUGUCCCUUCCGACUCAGCCCUUUCACUUUAGAGAAUGGGGCAAAUUGGGCAAAUCAUCCUGGCACAGUGAUGAGCUACCUAGUCUGUUUCCCCAAGAUUGACAUCAGGAGGUGAGUGGCAGGUUAUGUGCCACAAAUAAGAGGGAGGCUCUGGGACCCAUCACCUUCCAUUCUGGAAGGGAGUUUGCACUAGACCAUUUCUCUCACACCAGAGAAGCCUUUCUUUCUAAGGUGGGGAAUGGAAGCACAGUAGGAAUAAAAUUCCAAGGAUUCCUGUAGUUGGAGUCAGUAUAUAGUCAGCACAGAAGACAGUGGGAAGAAUGUUCUGAGUCCUAUUUGAUAAGAAAGGGAAAUGGAGGCUGUAUUUCAAAGCCACUGUUCCUAAUUCAGCUUUAAGUUUUGAUAUGGAAUGUGCUAUUUUGUUGUUGUUGUCCCAUGACUUCAUUAAUUAUGGAAAAACUUGGUGCUGAGGGUAGUGUUAUUUUACUGGUGGUGGGGGAAACCCGAGGAGGUUUUCUGUGAUAACUAUUUUGCAGGGCUCUUGGAGCAGCAAGCCCAGGAUUCCAAGAGCAGCAAGGCAGUUUUGUUGAACUUGUACUUCCCUACUGUGAUAUAUCUGAUUGGGAAAUCCCUCCGAUAAUCAGUAAGUCUAACAGGGAGAGGAUCAGAAGCAUUUAGCAUUCACCUGUUUCCCCUCCUCCUCUCUCCCUGUUCCUCUCCCCACUCCUGUGUUGAGCAGUGAUUUAAUCCAAACCCUCAGUUACUAGGAAUGCUUUUAUGGAACUCACUCAGCCAGCUUGCCCUGCCCUCUGUCCCCUAUGACCUAGGACGUCUGGCCCCAGCAGCCGGACCUUUCCUGACCCCACCUCUGACUUCGGCAGCCAAGUAUGAAUGCAAAGAAAAGGCAAAGCCCAGAGAAGGGAGUCUCUGGCCUGACCGGGCCACAUUACUGGGUUAGGAUGGAGCUCCUGAGUUUCCCCAGCUGAAGGGAUGAUCUUUGGUUCUAUCUUCCCAAUCCUGCUCAUCCUGUAGCAUAAAUGAAGUGCACUAUUAAACAGAAUAGUUUUUUAGGAGAGAUUGAGUGUGUUUUUGUGCAAGGAGCACAAAUUUAUUUCAGUUAAAAUAGGAAACUGACUAUAACUGGAAUCUUUAAAAAUGAAUCUUUAAAAUUUUUUACAGACAGCUAUUUUUCUUUCAGUCACAAACACAUGACCUCUUUCUCUCAAGACUCCAGGUACUGCCACAGACACCAGGUACUGCCACAGACUCCCAUUUACACAGCUGCUCCCACCUCAUACCCACAUGUCGGAUUUUGUGUGCUGCGUGCUCUUGACUUAAGACCAGGAACCAAAACUAGAAAGGUGUUACUGGGUGUGGGCCCCCUGACAAGUGUGUCCUUGGAUGUUGGGUGGCAAUGGGCAUAUGUAGAUUUCUUGUUUGGGCGCUUGGUGGGAGGGUGUUCCAGUCACGAGAAGGAAGACUGAGAUGAAAGUCUUAUGGAGAAGAUGAGGAAAUGUCUGGAACUGGCCUCUAAAAAACUUGGGAGCAUAUAUUGUGAUUGACCACCUAAUGUUUUUACUGUCUUAAAGCUAUAAUGAAACUCA